CUACAGUAGUUGUUGUACUAUAGACUCUAGUACUGCAUUUGCAGUAUUCGCUAUAAAAAAAAUAAUCAUUGUAUCACAGUAUUGCACUAUCGUCUAUCAUCUGUGUCCACUGUACUGUGAGCAAAGUGAAAGUUUGAUAUUGGAUUACAUCUUUAUAUCUUUAUUCUAUGGAUUACAUGUUAAUAUGUGAUAUUUAUUACUAAACACAAUACAACAUCGUACACUUAAUUGUUACUAAUCUUGAUAUCGACGUUUCAAUUACUAAUAUCGUAAUUUUAAUUUCAUAUUAUUAGUUAUCGCUUAUCAUCAUUGCAAUAUAAUACAUUACGAUUAUUUAACAAAAUUGUCUAGUCUCUAGUAUUGCGUUAAAUAAAAAAUAAAUAAAAGUAAAACCCAUUACCAAUAUACUUACUUGAAUAAUAUUAUUUCCGCAGUGUUCAUAUAAUUUACCAUGUUUUUAGGAAUCUCUAGUUUUCAAAAAGGAGUUUUAUUUUUCCGAAAUAUAUCAAAAAUUAGUGCAAUGUCUCAAUAUCAUACACUAAAAAUUGAAAAUCCUAAAGAAUUUGUUUAUAGUGUCCAAUUGAAUAGACCAGAUAAGGCUAAUGCAAUGAACAAAGCAAUGUGGUUGGAAAUAGGAAAAUGUUUUAAUGAACUAAAUGAGAACACAGACUGUCGAGUAAUUGUUCUUUCAGCUAAUGGAAAAUAUUUCACUUCAGGAAUCGAUUUAUUUGACAUUAUGAAUCUUGGCCAAGAAGUUGCAAAUCACGAUGACAUUGCAAGAAAAUCAAAAGUUUUACGAUGUUUUAUUAAAACUUAUCAAGAUUGUCUUACCGCUCUCGAAAAAUGUGAUAAGCCUGUGUUAACUGCUAUUCAUAAUGGAUGUAUUGGUGGUGGAGUUGAUCUAGUUUCAGCAGCAGAUAUACGAUAUUGUACAGAAGAUGCAUGGUUUCAACUUAAAGAAACCGAAAUUGGAAUGGCAGCAGAUGUUGGUACACUGCAGAGGAUGCCGAAAAUUAUUGGAAGUAUGAGUACAUUCAAUGAACUAGCAUUUACUGCUCGUAAAUUUCAUUCUUCAGAAGCCAAAAAUAUUGGUUUUGUGACUCAAGUUUAUGACACCAAAGAAAGUAUGUUAGAAAAUGUUAUGAACAUUGCUAUAGACAUAGCCAGCAAAAGUCCGGUAGGAGUCCAAAUGACUAAAAGAAGCAUAAUAUAUUCACGAGAUCAUACCGUUCAAGAAGGAUUGGAUCAUAUUGGAGACUGGAAUCAAAUAUUAUUACAAAGUGAAGAUUUCAUCAAAGCGUCAAUGGCUGUUGCAACAAAGGAUAAAAAACCAAUAUUUUCAAAAUUAUAAUUUAAUUUAAUUAUUACCACUAAAUUUAGUAAACUUAUUUUUAAACGUAAUUUUUGACAUAAAUCAAUAAUAAUUGCUCUCAUAUAUUAAGCAACAACCAAUAGGUACCAUCCAAAAUUUAGUUUGAUUUAAAAUAUUUUUAUUUUAUAUUGUUGGUUGCUUUCAAAAGAGACAAUAACACCUAAUUUUUGU